CAGACACGCACUUGCACUCUGCCUUCGUUGAGCCUAUGCGCUUGCUGGUCUUCUUUUAGCCCAAGAAUAGCCAUAUUCAUUGCUUUCGAACACGCCCCCCGACAAUCUCCGCUCUCAUCUCUGUAUCUCUGUCUUCAUUUCUAUCUGCCUGCAUAUUCACGGGACAGGGUCAAGGUGAUUUUACUCUAUCUUUGACGUCUAAGCUUGUGUUUCCUCUUUCUGGGACAGCAUUUGACAAAGUUGUAGUUUGUUUACAUACGGUCAGCAGUGCACCAGUAUGGAGGACUAUCACAAACCCGACCAACAGACCGUACAGGCGCUCAAGAACCUUGCCAACCGGCUCCGGAUCAACUCCAUCAAGGCGACAACAGCAGCGGGCAGCGGACACCCCUCAUCAUGCUGCAGUGUUGCAGAGAUCAUGUCUGUGCUCUUCUUCCACACCAUGAAGUAUCGCCCUGACGACCCACGCAACCCCAACAAUGACCGCUUUAUCCUCUCCAAGGGGCACGCGGCCCCCGUGCUGUACGCGGUGUGGGCAGAGACGGGCUACCUGAAGGAGAGCGAGCUGGUGAACCUGCGUAAGGUGGACUCCAUCCUGGAGGGACACCCUGUGCCGAAGCAGCAGUUUGUGGACGUGGCCACCGGCUCUCUCGGCCAGGGCCUGGGGGCUGCCUGUGGGAUGGCUUACACUGGAAAAUUCUUUGACAAAGCCAGCUACCGUGUGUACUGCCUGCUGGGGGACGGGGAGAUGUCCGAGGGGGCGGUGUGGGAGGCCAUGGCCUUCGCCUCCUACUACCAGCUGGACAACCUGGUGGCCAUCCUGGACAUCAACCGUCUGGGCCAGAGCGACCCAACGCCCCUGCAGCACCAUGUGGAGAAGUACCAGAAACGCUGCGAGGCCUUUGGCUGGCAUGCUGUCAUUGUAGAUGGGCACAGUGUGGAGGAGCUGUGUAAGGUUUUGAGUCAGCCUCGCCACCAGCCCCUCGCUAUCAUCGCCAAGACCAUCAAGGGCAAGGGCAUACCAGCUGCAGAGGACAAGAUGGGCUGGCACGGCAAGCCCCUGCCUAAGGACAUGGCGGAGGGUGUGAUGAAGGAGCUGCAGGGGCGCAUGGUCACCAGCAACAAGCGUCUGUACCCGGCCACGCCCAGCGAGGAUGCCCCGCCGGUCAGCCUGCGCAACAUCAGGAUGCCCAGCGCGCCCAGCUACAAGACCGGGGACAAGAUCGCCACAAGGAAGGCCUAUGGCAUGGCUCUGGCUAAGCUGGGCCGCUACAACGAGCGCGUGGUGGCUCUGGACGGAGACACCAAGAACUCCACCUUCUCUGAGAUCUUCAAGAACGAGCACCCCAACCGCUACGUGGAGUGCUACAUUGCCGAGCAGAACAUGGUGAGUGUUGCCAUGGGUUGCGCCGUUCGGGACCGCAACGUGGUGUUCGCCAGCACCUUCGCCACCUUCUUCUCCCGCGCCUACGACCAGAUCCGCAUGGCCGCUAUCUCCGAGAGCAACAUCAACCUCUGCGGCUCGCACUGUGGCAUCUCCAUCGGUGAGGAUGGGCCUUCUCAGAUGGGCCUGGAGGAUCUGGCCAUGUUCAGGGCCAUCCCCACGGCAACGGUAUUCUACCCUAGCGAUGGGGUUUCCACAGAGAAAGCUGUAGAGCUGGCAGCCAACACCAAGGGUGUGUGUUUCAUCAGAACCAGUCGUCCAGAGAACGCCAUCCUCUACAACAGCACCGAGGACUUCCAUGUGGGCCAGGCGAAGGUGGUGUAUAAGACCAACGAUGAUCAUGUGACCGUGAUAGGAGCCGGGGUGACCCUGCAUGAGGCCUUGGCUGCAGCGGAGCAGCUAAAGAAAGAGAGGAUCAACAUUCGUGUGAUCGACCCGUUCACCAUCAAGCCCCUGGACUCCAAGACAAUCAUCGACAACGCCAGGGCCACCAGGGGACGCAUCCUCACUGUGGAGGACCACUACUAUGAGGGUGGUCUGGGGGAGGCGGUGUGCUCGGCGGUGGCGAGCGAGGCGGGCUACAGCGUGCACCGACUGGCGGUGGCCCACGUCCCCCGCAGCGGCAAACCUCAGGAGCUGCUGAAGAUCUUCGGCAUCGACCGCGACGCCAUCGCCCAGGCCGUCCGCAAGAUGCUGAGCGGCUCCGCCAACUCCAAGUAGAAGGGCAGGUUCGCCACGGCGAGUGCCGUCCCAGAUUCCGCUGCGACGGACGAGGGAAGGGGAGCACUUCUGGUCACACCGCUCCCCCCCCCCCCCUCCCUCUGCCCCCUCCCUCUCCGGCAAAAGAGGGGAAUGAAUGAGUUUAGAAUAAAUGGAAGAAUAAAAUGGGUUAGGGGGUUUUCCGAUGUUAUUUUCUGAUGUGUUUUUGAGCCCCUAUCCUCUUCCCACCUACACCAUGUCCUGACUCGUUGAGCCUUGUUGGGAGUUCUGUUGCCCCCACCUCCCACAACCCUCUCUCACCCCUAACCCCCACCCCAGAAGGAAUACAUCAUUAGUAUGGCUAAGGUCUAAACAUUGUUUCAGGGUAAAAGAUGGAUUCCCCUUUUUGGGGGGUAGCAAACAUGCACAUUCGCACCUCAUACACCCAGUCCCAGCCCCCCCCCCCCCCCCAACCACCAAUCACCAACCAGUAGAGCGAGUGUGUGAGUGAACCUGGUUUGGGUUUCGACAGACUACAGUUCGAACCGUUCCCCCCUGGCAGACUUGACUGGACACUACUCACCAAUAAA